AUGGAAAUAUUUCAUCAACUUAAGCCAGUUCAGUCAAAGAUUCUAAAUCUCAAGGAUACAAUGGAGAGUGAAGAUGAAAAGGAAAGUGGUGUGAAGGAUAUGUUCGAGAUUAUAAUGAGAAAGCUUAGCAAGCUUGAUGACAUAGACAGUCGUGUCCAGUCAAUGGAGAAUGACCUAAAAGACAUGAUGAGUUCCCUAGAAUUCGUGCAUGCGGAGGUUAAAGAUCUGAAGGAAGAAAAUGAAAAACGCAAGGCAAAAGGACAUAAAACGGACGAAAGACUAGAAAAAUUGGAGGAUCUAAAUACGGCAUUAAAGAAUCGCGUCAUUGACCUACAAACGAGGUCUAUGCGCGAUCAUUUGAUAUUCUACAACAUCAACGAAAUGAAGAAUGAAAACCCAACAGACAUGGUCCACGGUAUAUUAGAAAAUCAGUUGGGGUUUGAGAAUGCGAAAGACACUGUGAAAAUAUAUAUAGACCGCGCGCACAGAUUGGGAAGGCCAAAUCCGACUUUAUUUACAACCAGAUCAUGA